UCCUUCUUCUCCUUUCCUUCCGACCCAGUCUGGCGAAGACUUCAGCCACAUCCGUUCCGUAGACGAAACCAAAGCCUCUUCCUUGCUGUCUCUCUUCGGCGCUUCGUAGAUCAGAAUCUGCCCAUUAUUGGAGAUGGAAAAGGAGCUGGUGGAUUUGUUCGAAGCAGCUAAGAAGGCGGCGGAUUUGGCAGCCGCUGACGGUGUUUCGUCGAGCGGUCCGGAAGUUUCCCGGUGCAUCGAUGCCUUGAAGCUUCUCAAGGGAUUUCCCGUCACUAAAGAUGUUCUUGUCUCUACUCAGGUUGGCAAAAUGCUUAGACCCCUCACUAAACAUCCUAGAGAGAAGAUUCAAUCUGUGGCUUCUGGCUUGCUUGAGUCGUGGAAGAAAAUAGUUAUUGAGGAGACAGCCAGAAGUAAGAAAAAUGGCAAUGCUACUACUGUCAAAGUAGAGAAUGUUCAGAAAGCAAGCACAAUAAAGGUGGAAAAGGUCUCAAGUGUUGGCUCAAAUAGUCCAAGAGGUAGGAGCUCAACAUCAAGUGCCGAAAGUAUCAAAGUUGAGAAAGUAUCUAGAGGUGAUUCAACAAGAACUGUCAAAGUUGAAAAGAAGGAAGCGAAUGGGGAUGCUGUAAUGGUUGAGAGGAAGGAUCGUGGAGAUACUGUUAAGGUUGAAAGGCUAAAUAAAGAUGAGAAACAAUCUUUUAAUGUUAACAAACUAUCACAAACACCAAAUGCUCCCCCAAGGCUGACAUCUCUGGUGAGAUGUAAUGAUGCUCUACGUGACAAAAUACGUGAAAUUCUUGCAGAGGCCUUGUCCAAGGUUGCUGGUGAGGCUGAUGAGGACGUUAGAGAUGAAGUCAAUGCUUGUGACCCCCUCAGGGUUGCUGUUACUGUAGAAUCUGUAAUGUUUGAAAAGCUGGGUAGGUCAAAUGGCACCCAGAAAUUCAAGUACAGGUCAAUAAUGUUCAACAUCAAGGACCCAAACAACCCAGAUUUAAGAAGGAAGGUUCUUCUUGGUGAAGUGAAGCCAGAGAGGCUCGUUAACAUGACUGCAGAAGAAAUGGCCAGUGAACAAAGGCAACGUGAAAAUAACCAAAUAAAAGAGAAAGCUUUAUUUGAUUGUGAGCGUGGUGGUGCUCCCAAGGCCACCACUGAUCAAUUCAAGUGUGGUCGUUGUGGUCAACGCAAGACCACCUAUCAUCAAAUGCAGACAAGGAGUGCAGAUGAACCUAUGACAACCUAUGUGACCUGUGUAAACUGCAACAACCACUGGAAGUUCUGUUAGCGGAUCAGUCAUGCAUGCAGCAGGGUAGACCAGGGCUGAUUUUUCUGGAUCCUUUCUUCGAUUUUAUCAUUCAUUUUUAUGGUAAUGAUGUUAGUUUGUCUUUCUUGCUCAUUUUAUCUGUAGAGAUAUCUUUAAGCGUUAACAUGGCAUCUGGAGAUUAUUUUCAUAGCCAUGAUGACUUAGCUAUCUUGUUUUAGGAACUUUUCACAGCCCUCCACCCUCCCAAAAUCAAAGUAUGUCAUUAUGAUGUCUCUUGGUUUUGAAUACUUAUGUCAGAAUACUGCUUGUUGUUUCUUAUAGAAUGUUACCAAAACCCUCACAGGCUACUCGUUUGUAAUAUUGCUUAUGAGAUGUUGGAAGGGUUGGGAGGAUGCAAGUAUUAGAAUUAGGCCAACUUUAUUUAGCAUGUACCUUACUUACAAUGCCGCAAAGGCAUGCCGUGAAGCUUUUGAUUGCAUUUAUUUAUUCAGCUUUCCAACAAUGAAUUUACUGUAUUUAU